UGCCUUCAGUAUUAACGAUUUACAAUUUGACACAACAUCACAAGCUUAGAGGAUAGGUCCAGCUACAGACACAAGUUGAAGGUGUUCAGUGUGUUAUCGAAUGAAGACCAAUGUUGGUUAGACCAAAGUUAUGAAUAUUCAUGUGGAUGUCGGCAAAAGAGUGAGCAUCUUAACAGAUAAGGAAUAACCGACUAGUUUUGACAUUCGCCGCAGCAGUUCCAGUUUCCGGAGAGCUCAUGGGAGCACACUCGACUGUGAAAAAUUCAACAUUUCCAGUUUCCAUGGAGGCAAACUCAACUGUGAAUAAUUCAACGACUAACACUUCAGUGUGUAAUCUGUACAGCCACCACCACACAGCCCGUAUCGUUUUGCCAAUAGUCUACAGUGUUAUAUCUAUUGUUGGCGUCUUUGGCAAUGGCCUUGCCAUAGUCGCCAUCAGAAAAAAACAGAAAAAAAUCAAUUCGACUACACUUUACUCCAUGAAUCUGGUAAUCUCAGACAUUUUCUUUGCUGCUGUUCUACCUGCCCGAAUAAUAUACUAUGCACGAGGAUUUAACUGGCCAUUUGGUGAAGUAAUGUGCAGAAUUACUGCAGUUAUUUGCUACAGUAACAUAUAUGCCAGUGUAAGCUUCAUGACCUGCUUAAGUUUGGAUCGGUUGCUCGCAGUAAUAUAUCCAUUCCGACAUUCGAAGUUCCGCAACGUCCGAAACGUCAAGAAAAUCUGCACUGUUGUGUGGAUAAUUAUUCUUUGCCAGACGGUACCACUGCUGCUUGUCAAAAUGUCCAAAAAGGCUGAAGGCAACUUCUUAACAUGUAUGGAAUACCCAAAUUUUGAGUCUAUUCCAAACCUUCCAGAAAUGCUGCUUGGUGCUUGUAUAAUCGGUUACUUGCUCCCCGUGGUUAUCAUGCUCUUUUGUUAUUCAAAGGUCAGCUCUAAACUCUUCAAAUCAGCAAAGGAGAACCCCUUAACUGAAAAAUCAGGAAGAAACAAAAAAGCUAACAACGUAAUCCUGCUUGUACUCUUUGUGUUCUUUAUAUGUUUCACUCCUUACCACGUGGCCAUUGUGCAACACAUGAUCAAAAAGUUGCAGUACAAAAUACCCUGCCAGGAGCAACAGAACUUUCAAGUAGCUCUACAUGCGACUGUUUCUGUGAUGAACUUUAACUGCUGCCUGGACCCUUUCAUCUAUUUCUUUGCCUGUAAAGGUUACAGGAGCAUUGUCCUCAAGAUGUUCAGACAACCUGUUAGCGUGUCUAUUUCAAGUGGCGUUAAGACCACCCCAGACAACUACUCACCUGGGGUUGGGAGUACCAAGCCUGCAAUUGGGACAACUUCUGACACCAACUUGUAGAGACAAUUUCCUCAAGGAUAACAGGAAAAGACAAAAGCCAGGCAACCAGCCUAAAAACCUCAAUGUGUUUGUUAACUAUGUUACUUGCACAAAUUGUACAGAAGUAAACUGUGUUUUUUGUUAAUCUUCUUAAGUUAUAAGUAGUUUUUCACUUUCCUGGAAUAGUCAUAGAAUCAUAGAAUUGUACAGUAUGGAAACAGGUCCAAUUUGUACCAUGCCGACCAGAUAUCCUAAACUGAUCGAGCCACAUUUGCUAGCAUUUGGCGCAUAUCAUUCUGAAACCUUUAUAUACCAUCUAGGUACCUUUUUAAAUGUUGUAAUUGUACCAGCCUCCACUACUUCCUCCAGCAGCUCAUUCUAAAUACACCUUCCCACCCUCUGCAUGAAAAAGUUGCCCCUUAAGUCUUGUUUCAAUCUUUCCCCUCUCACCUUAAAUCGAUGCUCUCUAGUUUUGGAUUCCUCUAUCCCAGGGAAAAUGACAUAGGGUAAAUAGCUAAUCUAGGCCCUUCACAUUUUCAUAAAUCUCUAUCAAGUCACCCCUCAGCCGCUGUUGCUCCAGGAAAAUAGCCACAGCCUAUUCAGCCUUUCCUCAUAGCUCAAACCCUCCAACCCUGGCAAAAUCUUGUAAAUUUUUCCUGCACUCUUUCAACUGGCUCAGUCACACUCACCGGGGUCCUACCAUUAACUGUAUAAGACCUAACCUGAUUUGCCUUACCAAAGUGCAAAACCUCAUAUUUAUCUAAAUUAAACUCCAUCUGCCAUUCCUCAGCUCAUUGGCCCAUCUAAUCAAGGUCUCAUUAUGUUCUGAGAUAACCUCCUUCACUAUCCACUACACCACUAAUUUUGGUGCCAUGUGCAAACAUACUAUCCAUUUCUUCUAUAUUCACAUCCAAACCAUUUAUAUAAAUGACAAAAAGCAGUGGACCCAGUACCAAUCCUCGCAGCACACUGCUGGUCACAGGUCUCCAGUCCAAAAAGCAACCCUCUACCAUUACCCUCUUUCUCCUGCCUUCGAGCUAAUUUCAUGUCCAAAUGGUUAGCUCCCCAUGUGAUCUAACCUUGCUAAUCAGUGUACCUUAGCGAACACCUUGCUGAAGUCCACAUAGACAAUGUUCACCGUUCUACCUUCAACAAUCUUCUUUGUCACCACUACUUUAAAAAACUCAAUCAAUCGAUUUCCUGGCACAAAGCCUUGUUGACCAUCCCUAAUGAGUCCUUGCCAUUGCAAAUGCAUGUAAAUUCUUUCCCUAAGAUUCCCUUCCACCAACUUAUCCACCAAUGACGUCAGGUUCACUGGUCCAAAGUUCCCUGGCUCUACCUCUCUUAAAUAAUAGCACCACAUUUGCCACCCUCCAAUCAUGUGGCACUUUAUCUGUGGCUAUUGAUGAUACAACCAUCUCAGCAAGGGACCCAACCAUCUCUUCCCCACCUUCCCAUAAAGUUCUAGGAUGCACCUGCUCAGAGCCUGAAGAUGUAAGACAUUCAGCACCUCCUUCUUUGUAAUAAAGGCAUUUUUCAAGAUAUGACUAUUUAUUUCUCCAAGUUCUCUAGCUUCCAAAUCCUCCUUCUCAGUAAAUACUGACAUGAAAUCUCAUUUAUUUUCUCACCCAUAGAACAUGGAAAAGUACAGCACAGAACAGGCUCUUUGGCCUACGUUGUUGUGCCGAGAUUUAAUCCUAAUGUAAAAUAUAGUAACUUAACCUAUGCACCCCUCAACUCAUUGCUAUCCAUGUGCAUGUCCAGCAGUUCUUAAAUGUCCCCAAUGACUUCCACCAUCACAGCUGGCAAUGCAUUCCAUGCAUUCACAACUCUUUGCGUAAAGAACCUACCUCUGAUGUCUCCUUUAUACCUUCCUCCUAAUAUCUUCAAACUAUGACUUCUCGUGCCAAUCAAUCCUGCCCUGGGGAAAAGUCUCUGGCUAUUGACUCUAUCUAUUCCCCUCAUAAUUUUGUACACCUCUAUCAGGUCUCCUCUCUUCCUCCUUCUCUCCAGAGAGAAAAGUCCAAGCUUAUUCAAACUUUCUUAAGGCAAGCCCUCCAGUCCAGGCAGCAUCCUGGCAAACCUUCUUUGCACCCUCUUCAAAGCCUCUGUAUCUUUCGUAUAGCAGAGCGACCAGAACUGGACACAAUAUUCCAAGUGUGGUCUCACUAGGGACUUGUAGAGCUGCAGCAAAACCUCACGGCUCUUAAACUCGAUCACCCUGUUAAUGAAAGUUAAAACACCAUAUGCUUUCUUAAUGACACUAUCCACUUGGGUGGCAACUUUGAGGGAUCUAUGUACUUGCACACCCAGAUCCCUGUGUUCCUCCACAAUGCCAAGAAUCCCGUCUUUAAUCCUAUAUUCAGCAUUUGAGUUCGACCUUCCAAAAUGCAUCAUUUCGCAUUUAUCCAGGUUGAACUCCAUCUGCCAUUUCUCAGCCUAGCUCUGCAUCCUGUCUAUGUCACGCUGCAGCCUGCAGUAGCCCUCUAUAAUAUCAUGACUCUUCCAACCUUUGUGUCAUCUGCAAAUUUAUUAACUCACUCCUCAACCUCCUCAUCCAAGUCAUGUAUGAAAAGUACAAAGAGCAGAGGCCCCAGAACAGAGCUCUGCAGGACCCCACUCAACACUGUCCUCCAGGCAGAAUACUUUCCAUCUACAACCACUCUCUGCCUUCUGUCAGCCAGCCAAUUCUGAAUCCAGAUAGCCAAAUUUCCCUGUAUCGCAUACUUCCUGACUUUAUGAAUGAGCCUACCAUGGGGAACCCUGUCAAAUGCCUUGCUGAAGUCCAUAUACACCACAUCCACUGCUCAACUGUCAUCGACCUGUCUUGACACCUCCUCAAAGAACUCAAUAAGAUUUGUGAGGCAUGACCUGCCCCUCACAAAGCCAUGCUGACUGCCUUUAAUCACACUAUGCUUUGCCAAAUAGUCAUAAAUCCUAUCCCUCACAAUUCUUUCCAAAACUUUGCUGACCACAGAUGUAAGACUGAGUCGUCUAUAAUUGCCAGGGAUUUUCCUGUUACCCUUCUGGAAAAGAGGAACAGAAUUCGCCUCUUUCCAAUCCUCCGGUACAACCCCUGUGGAGAGUGAGGAAGCAAAUAUCCUCACCAGCGGCUCGCUUCCGGGAGCAGCCUAGGAUAAAUCUGAUCUGGCCCUGGGGACUUAUCAAUCUUAAUGUUUUCCAAAAUUUCUAGCACAUCAACUUCAUCAAUCUUGAUCUAGUCAAGACUGUAUCCCAGCUCCUCUAAGUUUUCAUUUACAACAAGUUCCCUUUUCUUGGUGAAAACCAAAGCAAAAAACUCUUUUAGGGCUUCCCCUGUCUCCUCAGAUAGUGGAACUCCAUCUCCUGUGGUUCCACACAUAAACAGUUUUGUUGAUGAUUGAGAAUGUUGCUCUUUAAGAGGGCCUACUUUCUCCCCGGUCACAGAAUCAUAGAAUCCCUAUAGUGUGGAAACAGGCCAUUUGGCCCAUCAAGUCCACACUGACCCUCUGAACAGUAACCCACUCAGACCCACCACCCCACCCUAUCCCCACAAUCCUACAUUCCCCUGGCCAAUCCGCCUAACCUGCACAGUUUUGGACUGUGGGAGGAAACCAGAGCACCAGAGGAAACCCACACAGACAAGAGGAGAAAGAGCAAACUCCACACAGACAGUUGCCUGAGUUAGGAAUCAAACUGGAGUCCCUGGCUCUGAUGGACAGCAGUGCUAACCAGUGAGCCACUGUGGUGACCAAGGCUUUCCAACAGAAACACUCUAAGUCCAAAUGUUGGUUAUUUUCCAUUUGAAACCUAUUAGAAAUGACUCUGCAGUAUCUAAACACACACUCCUCAGUAGGAUUCAUUCCACUUUAGACAUAGUUGCCCUACAACUUUAGGCGCAGUUAGCCUGCAUGUCAUCACAGUGGCAAGACUAUUGUCAUCUCUGUUCCAGCACAACUCAUCUACCACUGAAAUCCUCAUCCAUGCAUUUGCUCCCUGCAAUGUCCACUACUCUGCUGUUCUCCAGGUUGCCCUCCAAUUUUGUAAUAUUCAUAAACUUGAACUCAUCCAGAACUCUGCAUUGCGUAUAUGCUAAAUCACACUAUGUUCCUUUCAGCCAUCAUCUUUUUACUCGCUGAUCUACACCUGCUUACCCUCUGACUUUCAUUUUCAGAUCGACCGGUAACCAUUUACAUAGGGUAUUCUACCCUAAAAGUUUAAAAAUAUUUCUAGAUCAUUUUUCACAACUUCAGCACAUCUCUAACUGUUUGAGAGCUAAUGGAGUUCUUUUGAAUUAGCGUAGUAAUGUAGGAGUUGAAGCACUUAAGCACUGUAAGUUCCUACAAACAGCAAUGUAUUAACAACAAAAUAAUCUGUUUAGAAUUAUAGAUUUAUACAGCAUGCAACAGACCCAUCAGACCCAACAGUCCAUGCAGAGUAUAAUCUCAAACUAAACUCUUCCCACCUCCCUGAGCUCGGCCCAUAGCAUUCCAAACCUUUCUUAUUCAUACUCAUCCAAAUGUCUUUUAAAAGUUGUAACUGUACCCACAGCUACCUCUUCCUCUGGAAUUUCAUUCCACACACAAACCACUCACUGUGUAAAAACGUGGCCCAUGUCUUUUUUAAACUUUUUCCCCGCUCAUGUUAAAAAUAUGCCCCCUGGGAAAAAGACACACGCCAUUCAUCUUAUUUAUAACCCUCAUGACUUUAAACAUUUUAUGAGGACACCACUCAAUCUUCUAUGAAAAAAGUUCCAGCCUAUCCAGCCUCUUCAUAUAACUCAAACCCUCCAUUCCUAACAACACCCUAAUCUAUCUCUUCUGAACCCUCACCAGCCUAAUAAUAUACUUCCUAUAACAGGACGACCAAAAACGGACGCAGUACUGCAGAAAUGGCCUCACCAGCAUCCUGUGCAACUGCGACAUGACGUCCCAACUCCUAUAUUCAAAGAUAUGAGCAAUGAAGGCAAGCGUGCUGAAUGCCUUCUUAACCACCCUGACUACUUGUGAUGUAAACCUUAAAGAAUUAUGUUCCUGAACCCCUGGGUCUCUCUCUGUUCUUCAACCCUACCCUGUUUCUUUGUGAUAUUGUAUAAAGGAUGCAUAAUGGCUAUGACACCAAAGAAAUCUCUUUUGUUUUUCUUUAAAAUAGCAUCAUGGGAUCUUUUAUUUUCAUCUGUGAGGACAUAGAACAGAGGACAUUACAGCACAGUACAGGCCCUUCGGCCCUCGAUGUUGCGCCGACCUGUGAAACCAAUUUGAAGCCCGUCUAACCCACACAAUUCCAUUAUCAUUCAUAUGUUUAUCCAAUGUCCAUUUAAAUGCCCUUAAAGUUGGCGAGUCCACUGCUGACAGUCAAGACUUUAAUUUAAUGCCUCAUCCAAAAGACACGGUAGGUGACAGUUUAGCACGCCCGCAGGACUGCAUUGGGAGUGUCAGCUUAGCUAAUUCUUUUAUAUAUAAAACCUUCUAACUAAGGAAAGUGUGCCACCCAUUGAGACACAGCUGGCAACAAGAUUUAUUUACAAGAUCAUUUCCAUAAAAAAUACCAGUUUUAUUUAAACAUAGUCUGAUUUAAUGCCCUGGAUGCACUGCCUGAAAAGGCAGUGGAUACAAGCUCAAUAGUAACAGUCAAAGGCAAUUGGAUGUACACUUGAAAAUAAUACAUUUGCAUAGCUAAGGGCAAAAACUAAUGGAUUUGGAUUAAUUGCGUACCUCUUUCAAAGAGUUGAAUGAUCUCUGUCAGUUCAGAUCUAAGCCUGUUGGCAAAACACAAUUCAAGAAAGAUUUUCCUUGCAGAUAAAAUUUAUUGAUUACUUAGCUCAUUCCACACGGAAUUGCACCUACUCCCCUUGAAACUAUUUUUUGUCAACUUUUUCAGACAUGUUUUAACACAUCUCAAUGCAGAUGGAAGUUAAACCUGGAUCAUCCAAUCAAAAGGCAAAGACACAACCUCUUCACCACAAGGCUGUUUCCCCUUCAAAUUUGUUCAGUCACUUAAGUAAUCAAUUAACCAUAGUCAGAGAUCCCGCAGUGAAACAAGUGAGAAUAAACCUGUCUUCUGUUGUGAUUGCCAAGCCCAUGAGGAGACGCCUGUUGGCCAAAUGUCUAUGGUUUCAUUUGGCUGUGGCUUUUGCUUUAGCUUUUACAACAGCUGGCACCCUUAAGUUAGUAGUAGAUGAAUUCCAGCAAGAAAGUGUGUGUUGACUUCUAUAAGAAAUGUUAUUCGGUGAAGGCAUCCUUCCUUGAAGGACGCUAUUUGAAAGUGUGAAAUCAAAGCAACAGAUCUUGGAAUGAGUGAACAGACUGCUCCUCCAUCACACACUGGGGAAGUGGAGAUGGAAGGAUAUGCUUUAUGGUUCUA